CCUUUCCUUGUGCCGCAAUACCUGUCUAUGAAAGUCUUCGGUCUCCCCCGCAUCACGAAAUAAAGCUUAAAUCGAGGUGGCCGCUAUUCUGUCACCAUGUCGGGCUCGAGCAGCAGUCGACGGACAAGUCGCAACUACGAUACCGGCUUUCCGGAUGCAUUCGCUGAAUAUACCACUUCUCUGCGUCAUCCAGACGCAAACGUUGGCCCAGGGGCUUGUAUUUCAGCCGAGGAUAUUGAUCCAUCGAAAACACUACACCGGACGCACAAAUCCUUCCUAGCGAAGCAUAAGCGUACCAUCGCUCACGGCAGAAUCGGUCAGAAUACAAGCCAAAAACACUCGAGCAGUUCGGUCGUGGUCAUUCCUACAGCCGACAGUGCUGUGGACGUGGGUGAUCUGAAACGUACAGGCACGAACGGAAGCAUUGGACAUUCGUCUAAGGAUGGGGCCGAGAGCAUCGACCGCAUGGAGGUAUCUACUAACGGGGAUUGCUCUCCAUCCUCCCCCACAGAUGAAGAUGACCUCGCUGACGAUGAGCGGCAAAGAAACAAGUUCUUCCGAAAAUGGCUCACUCAGAAGGACUAAGGGAGUUGGGGCGGACGGUCGACGAUAGACUGCGACA